AUGGUCUAUGUUGGUCCAAUGAGAAUUGAGGGUUUUGAACCUGUUACACAAGUGUUGGAGUUGGGAAUUAUUGUUCACUCUGUUAUUAUUAGAAUUUCAUUGGGAGCUUCAGAUAAUCCUGACACGAUAAGACCACUAGUAGCUGCGUUGACUUUUCAUCAAUUCUUUGAAGGCAUGGGACUUGGAAGCUGUAUAUCUCAGGCAAACUUCAAGAGAGUAUCUGUCACAGUGAUGGGAUUGUUCUUUGCAUUGACUAUUCCAAUCUGGGUUGGUAUUGGCAUAGGAAUUUCAAGUGUUUAUAAUGAAAACAGUCCAACUGCUCUUAUUGUGGAAGGAGUUUUUAAUGCACCUUCAGCAGGGAUUUUAAUUUACAUGGCUCUGGUUGAUCUUCUUGCCAAUGAUUUCAUGAGUCCAAGAAUGCAACAAAGUAGCAUACUCUGUUUUGGAGCCAAUGUUUCUCUUUUGCUGGGAGCUGGUUUGAUGUCUCUCAUCGCUAAAUGGACUUAAGAAAU